AUGAACUAUGGCAUAUUAACUUUAUUACAAUGGCUAAUAAUCCUAUUUCAAUUAGGAACAACAGUAACAGCUAACACAGAAUCAAUCCUGAUAUCAAUUCCCUAUGAUAUACUGAUCCAUCGUCAUUUACAUUUAUAUAACGAAACCAUCCCCUCGAUAUCGUUAAAUAACACAUACAUGCAAAUGGAAACUAUCCAGAUUCCUGCCAUGAAAGAAGAUCAACAGGUUGUUGAAUUGAAACAUUUACAAACAGAUGCCAGUUACCAAUUGAAAUUAUCUUGGUCCGCCAUUAACCCUAUUGAUAUUUCAAAUAUUCAUUGGGAAGUGGCUCAACCAAGGUUAGGAAUGGAAGAUGAUGAUUAUCCACCUUUAUUUUUAAUAUUUGAUUACGAUACUACCUUGCUGAACAACAAAGUUGGUGGGGUAUCCUUAAACAUUGCCGUUGUACAGACGAAAUUUAAAAUCCCUGUCGACCUAUUCCCUCUAAUUGCAUAUAUCUGCCUGAUAGCAACUGGAGUAUGGUAUUUGAAGGAUUGGAUAUUGAAGCAGAUAUUAUAUAAUGCCAUUUCUCUCUAA